AUGUGCGAAAUGAUGCUGCAGCCCUUCAUGAAGCCCUUCCGGGUGUUCUCGGAUGUCUCUUUGGCCGACUUCAAUGCCUUGCUCACGAAGGCGGAGGGUCGUGACAAGCUGGCACGUACCUUCCAGUACUUCUCGCGAAGCAUCGUCGGAAGCGCAGCCUACUUGCAGCCGACAGCAGGGACGCUACUGGCCAAACUUGAGGGGAAUGCAAGGACAGUCAUGGUCCAAUUGGCAAGUGCACGGCGAACUCACCGAUGGUGCAAGGAGUUUCCGGUGAUACAGAGCCUGCCAGCGUGUUUCAAGAUAGAUGAUCCUGUCGACCGACUCUUUGAGCUACUGCAGAAGGCAUCCUUGGCUGCUUUUUUAAUGAUCGAUCACAUCGGCAUGCUGAAGCAGUGGAAGAUUCUGUCUGGUGGCAAAAGGGCCGGAACAGGAACGAUUCAGCUGGGAUUGAAGUGCGGCUCCGAGAGCCGAUGCUGCAUGACACUGUGUUUGAAAGCUUGCAUCUUUCUGCUCGAUCUGCUUGGCAUGGACUGCCGGCAAAGGAUCUUUACCUUCUGCAACAUAGUUGGGGCCGGCCAGACACGCUUCAAACGACUGCAAAGCUUCAUUCGACCUGUGGGGGAUUCUUCGAGGUCCUCGGAUUCAGGGGUAAGGGGCUUCUUUUCGCCGUGCCGUCCUCUUUCUGCUUUCGUAGUUUUUUUUCUUGUUGUUGUUGUUUUUCUUGUGGUUUAUGGUCGCCGGAGUCGGGUCAUCAAGUUUCUCUACGGCAGUCACACAGUAGUUUUAAGCACAUAUCAAUCAUAUCAGACGACCAGACUCAACAAUAGGAGGCGGCAAAAACAAUCCAGGUCACUUUUUGUUGACUCAGAGCUCGCAGAGCACAUAUUGGAACUCGGUGCCUGGUUGUCCACUCACGACCAAGACAACAAAAACGAAUCCGGGCUUUUGUAA